UUUCAACUCAAAAGUAUCAAAACAAAUAAUAGACUGCUUCUACUUUCGUCCUUGUAGCAUUUAUAAAUUUUCAAUAUUUUAGAUGGGCCAAUUUAUUUACUUACAACUAUCAAAAUUCAAAACUGAUGAAUGGUGAAUUUCAUAUUGGAAAAUGAUGAUAACCAAUAUUAUUCAGCUUUGAAAUUAUCAUGGCAAAAGCAAACCAAUUUUAUGGCUCAAAUCCUGAAAAACUGAUAGCAAAAUGUUCCUUGAUAUCCGAGGAAAGAUUCGUAGUAGAAAUAAAUGGUUUUUGCAAAGAAGCAAUCGACAUUUUCAAAAACAUUCCAUCCAGAGCUUAUGAUCCAAAAACGCAUAAUUGGAAUUUUCAUAUACAAGAUCAUGACCUGGUGAAAAGUAAACUGAUUCCAUUGAGGGCCAAGUUACACACAGAAGAGCUGCCCAAUUAUGUACUGAAAGCUGUACGUACUAAACCAAAGGAGGUGGAAAUUGAUUUUGACAAAAUUGAUCCAAUUCUUAGUAGUACUCUUAUGCCAUUCCAAGUAGAGGGUUUGAGGUUUGGUCUUAGUAAAAAUGGAAGAUGUAUGAUAGCAGAUGAUAUGGGGCUGGGUAAAACCUUUCAGGCCAUGGCAAUAAUGCAUUAUUACAAAGAAGACUGGCCACUACUUAUAGUAACUAAAUCUACUAUCAAAUCUGUCUGGGAAGAGACUAUUGCAAACUAUCUGCCAUCAGUUCCACUUAUGGGUAUUCAGUACAUGGAUUCUGGAAAAGACUACAUUGGAGAUGCUAGAAUUCUGAUAGUCACACAUGAUAUGAUGACAAGAUCAAUACAAAAAUUGCUAGACAGAGAUUUCCUCAGCAUCAUUAUUGAUGAGUCACACAUUCUGAAAAGUUUCAAGUCAAAGUGUUGUCAAGCUGCUACUUUGCUCGCCAGGAAAGCAAGGAGAGUUAUAUUGUUGAGUGGAACACCAGCACUUUCCAGGCCCAGUGAGCUUUUCACACAACUCAGCCUGAUUGAUCCCCAAUAUUUUCAGAAUUUUUUCAAUUUCAGCAAACGUUAUUGUGAUGGCAAAACCACUCAGUUUGGUUGGGAUGCUAAUGGUAGUUCAAAUUUACAAGAACUGGAAGUAAUCCUAGGUAAAAAGUUCAUGAUUAGAAGGACAAAAGAACAAGUGCUAAAAGGGCUUCCUAAAAAAGAAAGAGAAAUACACAUGCUAAACACAAAUCUCAGUCAGUUUCCUGCUGAGGAUAGAGCAGUAUUGGAAAAGCUGGGACAGGAUUAUAUUUCACAACAUGGGUCUAAAAAGCAUUCUCUGCUUUUGACUUUCUUUUCAGAGACUGCCAAAAUCAAAGUUCCUUCUGUGUGUUUAUACAUUCUUCAACUGCUGGAAACCAAAGUGAAAUUUUUGGUAUUUGCUCACCAUCAAGUGAUGCUGGAUGCCAUAGAAAAUGUGGCCAAAGAAAAAAAUGUCAAGUACAUCCGGAUAGAUGGUAAAACAUCGUCCGAUCAAAGGAGGUACUUCAUCAACAAGUUCCAGUUGGAUGACCAGUAUUUGUGCGCCAUUUUGUCGAUAACAGCUGCAAAUGCAGGGAUAACUUUGACAUCAGCCCAGCUGGUGCUUUUCGCCGAACUGCAUUGGAAUCCCAGUAUUCUGAGCCAAGCAGAGGCGAGGGCCCACCGGAUAGGCCAAGAGCACCCGGUGGUGGUCCGCUACCUUCUGGCGCCCCACACGGCCGACGACUCCAUCUGGUCGCUGCUCAUGGACAAGCAGACCACCCUGAGGGGCGCCGGUCUAUGCUUGGACUCCUUCAGGGACGUGGAAGUCCAAAGGACCAAAGCAGAAGGUCACGGGAAGGAUUCGAAAGGUAGGAUGGACAUCAGGAGUUUCAUGACGCCCGGUAGGAAGAGGAAAUUGGAGUCGGAGGAGUUUCCUGAUGACGGGUUGGAUGAUAUGUUGAUGGAGAGGAGCGAAGAGAUAGAAAAUUCGUUGGAUGACGGUUGGGAUGAUGCGUUUUGUGAUAUCGAUAUUUGAUAGGUUAGGGACGAUUAUUAUAUUUAUUUG